AUGCCUAUUCGUCGCAGUCAGUCGUUGGUAAAAUGGAUCUUCGAGAACCAACACAAGUUGCAGAUGGUACGGUAUUGCAGUUCUUCACUCCGCUACAAAGAAUUGGAAGAGAAUGCGGCGCAAGCACAGCCCGAACACGUGGCGCCCUCUAUGGCCGCGCCCGCUGACAAGCCCCGCCCACAAAUUACGCCUGAAAUCUCGUUCAAGCAUGAAGAUUUACAAGUGAGGCUCGCAGCGCCCUACCAACUAAACCCGAAACCCGAAGCUACAGAUCUUGGUUUUGGCAAAUUCUUUACGGAUCACAUGCUCAAAAUAAACUACUUCAAACAACUAGGAGGAUGGCAGAAACCAGAAAUUAUGCCGUUUGAAAACUUAAGCAUUCACCCAGCUGCCAAAGCUUUACAUUAUGCGAUACAGCUAUUUGAAGGACUAAAAGCGUACAGGGGGGUCGAUGAUAAGAUACGAUUGUUUCGGCCGGAGUUGAAUAUGGAGAGGAUGAACUUAGCGGCACAAAGGUCUGGCCUGCCAACCUUCGAUGGAGACGAACUCAUUAAGUGCAUAACUAGGCUAGUGCAAAUCGACCAGGAGUGGGUGCCUCAUUCAGAAACCUCCACUUUAUACAUACGACCCACGUUAAUAGGAACUGAGCCAACGUUUGGUAUAAUGGCUCCCGAAACGGCGUUGCUGUUCGCCAUCCUUAGUCCAGUGAGCGCGUACUACAAGACUGGUAGUGACGGAGCAGUGUCCAUUUACGCGGACCCCAAUGUAGUGCGGGCGUUCCCUGGAGGAGUCGGCAACCGAAAAGUUGGCUCUAAUUAUGGACCCACGAUCGAGGCCACAGCUCGCGCAGCUAAACUGGGUCACCAUCAAGUAUUAUGGCUGUUCGGACCGAACCACGAGCUUACCGAAGUGGGCGCGAUGAACAUAUUCGUAGUUUACGUCAAUGAACAAGGAGAUAAACAGUUAAGUACUCCGCCAUUGAAUGGUCUCAUCUUGCCUGGAGUGACUCGUCGCUCUAUCAUAGAGCUAGCCAGCCAGUGGGAAGAUUUAGUCGUCAAGGAAGAGGUUAUUACCAUGGACAGGGUAAUCGAGCUGAACAAAAAAGGACGGUUGUUGGAGAUGUUCGGUGCGGGCACGGCCGUAGUGAUCAGCCCCAUCAGUAGGGUGGGCUUCCUGGACCAUGAGAUCCGCGUGCCCACCAUGUCGCAGGCGCAGCCCGUGUACCAGCGCGUGAAGGACACGUUGCUGGCCAUCCAGUACGGGCACAUAGAGCACCCGUACGCCAAGGUCAUCUCGUAG